CUUUAACUAAUAUAUAUUCGAAGAAGCGUGAAAAAUCUAACAGAAACAAACUGUAAAUAACCCCAAACAACAGCGUAGUCGAAGGUCAGGAGUCUUUCUAUUCAAACUUAAGUGGUAUUUAAAAGGUAAAGUUGACAAACAAACAGAUGUUGUCUUCAUAUGCUAAAUGCCUUUUGGUCCUCACAACCAGUGGAUUUGUGAUUCACUUGAUUUUUGGUUUGAGCGACUUUUCAAAAGCAUCAGAAGAUAAGUCCAACUUCAUUCAUUUUCCAAGCGAUUUCAGUUCAAGCAACAAAAGGCACAGCUAUCCGUUAUCAAACAUGAAAAUGCAUGACCUAUCCGAACAAUAUCGAGACUUUAAAAAGUAUCAUUCCCGUCUGGUCGCUAGGAGAGAUCUUUUAGGAGUCCAAAUAAUUAGUGGGCCUACAGGCUAUCGUGACUACAAUGGAGAGAUAACAGCAAUGAAGUUGAAGUGUCGGACGUGUUCCUUAGUUGGAACAUCAGGUCUACUUCUAGGAUCGAAAAAAGGUGUUACAAUAGACCAAUCAGACUGUGUGUUUCGGCUGGGUUUGUCUUCGGUAAGGCAACUAGAAGAUGAUGUAGGGAAGAAAACAACCGCCAGAGUUCUAGAUAAUGAAAGCUUAGGGCUUCUACUGAAGACAUUCCAGAAAAUGCUUACUGGUACACUGACGAGCCAGAAUGUUUUCGUGCACGACACACGAGGUGCUGGGAGUGAGUUGUAUACUAUGCGGAUGAGAUUGAAACAUCUUUCUAGAUACGACAAGAACGUCACAUUCUAUUUUCUGGACAGGCAUAGUGAGCACAGAGCUUUAAUGGCCAUGAGAGUAGCAGCAGCAGUUGUAGGCUAUAAGAUGUUAGGUGUUAAACCCUCGACUCUUUGGUAUGCUGUUUACAUCAUGACUGAUGCUGGAUGCUCAAGUGUUAAGAUUAUUGGUUUGCCGGAUCCAAAAUAUUGCAAGCGAUCUGUUCGUGGUUUUAUUCGAUCUCAGUACUGGGACAGGCAUUCUCCAAGUCUCUGCUCAUCUGGUAAUGAUAUCGGAGCUACAGGUGAGUUUACUGCAGAUUCAUUACCUCUAAGAAUAUAUGACAGACGAGCAGUACAAGGCUGGGCUCUCUCACAGGACGUAACCUUCUUAUCACCAUCUUGGCCUCAGACUAAUUUUAAGUAAAAAUGACUCCGUCUACACUAAACAUGUGUUUUCACCGCUAUGAAGUAUGAUACAUGCUUUGUAACGUGUUCUUGAAUAUUUUAAACGUAGUUAAAGCGGUGACGGACAAUCCUUGCAUAGUGUGAUUAUUGUGAACUUUAUCUUACUACUCCAGCUGUUUACUCUAAAAUAUUGGUGCUGUUGAUUUCACGAAGAAGUUAGAAACCGUCAAGUAUUACAUAUAUUUAAAAGUGUUUAUCAGCUAUUUCCCGAAAAGUCUAUAUAAUGCUGUUUCUUCCCUACUUGUAACAGGAUAAUUGAAAUUGCUAGCAAUAGUAUACCCAGAAAGGCUUUGGAUAGUUCAGGGAAAAUCUAAGGCCUAAUGUGUAAGUGUAUUUAUCUUAUCUCUUUUACAAAUCAUGAGAUUGUACAGGUUUCGUGACUUAAGAGUCACUCGUCAGUAAUAUACGAAAUUCUACUGUAUGUUUUAAACUAUUCAUGUUGUGUCAGUAUGAAAAAGAAAGAGCUAAAAUCUAGGUUAAGUAGAAUUGCCUGACGUAUACACGUAUAGACAGAGACAUCUAUCCUCAAUGAGUUUAAACCACUUUGGCAAAUUGCAACAAAAUAGUUUUAAUGCAAUGAAAAUAUAUAUAUAAUCUGGAAUAAAUGCUUUUGUAGUCAUAAAACCUAAACGUAAUCUAUUAUGUUAUUCAAGUGAAGUUUUCUUUUUUUGAUUCUCUAUAAACACAAUAUAGAUGAUAUAAUAUAAGACUUUUAUUUGCAUAUGAGAAACCAAAUCUCAGCCAGUAACAAGCAAUGACGUUUAUCUGAGGAUAGGUUAUGUUAUACAUAUUUUAUUUGGAAUGUUACAUGUUGCAAUAAGUGAUGAUGAAACGAAAACUAUGAACUUUUUCUUUUUAGCUUAGUAAACAGUUUUUGAAUUUACCAUAGUGUGUUUAGUUCAAUAACUUCAGGAAAUGUUGAUUAACUUUUCGUUAGCGAUGAUUUUUCUUUCAAGGCUCGAUGAUGAUAAAUACUUUGUUCUCUGUGCCAGUUAGACUUUUUUCUAACUAUGAUACACACUUAAGUGGUAAUGUGUCACAUUGUAAGAUCAUAUAAAUAACGUAUAUAUAUACAUUUAAAAGUGUGUAAGUUUGUAUAAACAUACAUAAUAUAAUUUUUUUUCAGAAUGACCAAACAUAUUUGUAUUUUAAAAUUGGUUUAUCUCUGCAGCAUUUUAAAGAUACUAAAAUGUAUGCCUAUAAUUAACGUGUUUAACAACUCGACUUAGAAAAGUAUUAAGCUGGAUUCAAACCAAUGAUUUCUGGUAGAAUAGGCAUUGAGAAAUUUAAUUUAUUUUAUUCGAGUAAACAUGUUUCUAUAAACAGAUUUUCAUGAAUAAUAUGAACAAGAAAGCUAUUUGUAACAAAUAAAAAAGAAAGCAACAAGAACUUUUAGUUUCAUUAUUAUGACAGCUAGGACAAUAAAACUCUGUAAUUCCUUUCGUUUAUUUUUAUAGAUAACAUAAACUUCCAAGUGAUUUUUUUACUCAACUAUUUGUUGUCAAUAAGAAGUCCUAAUGCGAAAUAUUAAUAUAGCUAUUCACAUAUAUAGGAAAAUGGUUUUUAUAUUUGUUUGUUUGUUGUUAAGCGCAAAGCUACACAAUGGGCUAUCUGUGAUACGCCCAACACGAGGAUUGAUAUCUGAUUUUUAGCGUUAGAAGUCUUCAGACUUAUCGCUAAGCUACUGGGGACUGAUUUUUAUAAAAAAAAAUUAUUUUGAAAAUAAUGUCAGAUAACAAACUAUAUGGGACGUGUCCUGUUGCCGCAAAAAUGUAGUAAUCAAGCUCCGCUCCUUGAGACCUUGGAGAGUUAUGAGUUACUGUCAAAUUCCACUAUUCGAUUAAAGUAGUCCAAGAGUUAAC